AGGUUAUCAUGUUUGAUUCAUUAAUGGAAGAAAACGGGAGAAGAAACUACUCUUCAUGCAGUAUUGAAUAUGUUCAAAGAUAAAGAAUUAUAUGUGAACUGAAAAGGCAUUCAGAACUGACGUUGCUUUUACUUGAAACGGCCGGCUGCUGCAAUGAAAUCUUUGGCCUUUAUAAGUGAAGAAAAACCUUGUCGAAAGAGAGAGAGGCUGAUUAACAAUGGCCACCAUAAUCGCUCCAAAGCAAUUUUCUCCGGUUGAAGAUGCUGAGAACAUCAAGAGGGCUUGUCAAGGCUGGGGAACAGAUGAGGGGGCUAUAAUUGCCAUACUAGGACACAGAAAUGCAACUCAGAGGAAGCUUAUAAGGCUAGCUUAUGAAGAGAUUUACCAAGAGGAUCUCAUCAAACAGCUUCAAUCUGAACUUUCCGGGGACUUCGAGAGAGCUAUAUGCAACUGGACUCUGGACCCUGCUGAUCGGGAUGCUGUCUUGGUUAAUGCGGCACUGCAGAAAGCAGUACCUGAUUACCGGGCAAUCAUUGAAAUUGCAUGCAUAAGGUCCCCAGAAGAACUCUUGGCAGUAAGGCGUGCUUAUCGGUGUCGUUACAAGCGCUCUCUUGAAGAAGAUGUCGCCUCUCACACGAUGGGCCACGUCAGGAAACUUCUUGUUGGAGUGGUAAGCGCGUACAGGUAUGAUGGGGAUGAAUUUGAUACGCAGAUGGCGUAUUUGGAAGCGGAUAUUUUUCAUGAGAAAGCCCAAGAAAUGGCUUUUGACCAUGAAGAAUUGCUUAGAAUUCUUAGUACAAGGAGUAAGGCACAGCUCAAGGCAACUUUCAACCGCUACAGGGAUAAUCAUGGCACAUCCAUUACCAAGGGUUUGUCGGGUGACCCAGCUGAUCAUGACUAUCUUGCUGCAUUGCGUACAACUAUCCGAUGCAUUAGAGACCCUCGAAAGUACUAUGCAAAGGUUUUGCGCAAUGCCAUCAAUACGAUGGGAACCGAUGAAGAUACUCUCAGUCGUGUGAUCAUCACUCGAGCAGAAAAGGAUUUGAAGGAUAUCGAGGAACUCUACUUUAAGAGGAACAGUGUUACUUUGGAUGAUGCCCUAGCUUGGCACACAUCAGGAGACUACAAGGCAUUUCUUCUUGCCCUGUUGGGGAGGGAUGAGGUUUAGGUUGUUUAUCCAAUUUAAGAGAUUUUUAGAUGAGACUCUAAAACAAGAUAUAUUUCCAACUCCCCGGCCAGGAUUUAUAGAAAUAAUGUUCAGCACCCUUUGGUUUACCACAUUAAGAUAGUACUCUAGAAUUAAUGAAGUCUAAUCGGAUCUCCUCUAUGUAUUUCCCCUUAUUUAUAGUGUCACUCUCUGCUUCAUCCUCUGUUUAUUGUGA